AUGCCUCCCGCUGACAGGAACGAUAUUGAAGAGGAGCGGGUGUCGAGGUGGUGCGUCACCGAUGAGGAGAGACCGAUUCCACCUGAUUCAUAUCUUAGCCCCAACGGCGCCUUGACUGUUGCCACCAACGCUGUCUCGCCACCACCAUAUCCCUGCUCUGUUCAGCGUGUUGUCCACCCAGAAGGUCCUGUACACCACUUCGUUGACUCAGACUCCCCAGGUUGCGGUUACGAUGAUAAAUUCGGAGCCGGUGAUGAUGAAGUGAAGGGGGGUGAGCUCUACAUGUGGGUGCUGGACCCUCACUCGCGAAAGCUGCGCGUGCCGUUAUCGCUUAUGGUUCCGACUCAUGCGACGGCCAACAAAGGAGCGCUGCCAUCGCUGUGUUUGUCCUUUCUGGAGGGCCACUGCCGACACGAGUGGUGUCGACAGGCCCACGUGCCUCCUCAUGUUCUUCCGAUGCUCCGUCAACAGGCCCUCAACGCCCCCACGUGUUGCCGACUGCACAAGGAUCCCCACAGCACCACAGAGCUCACCGACCGGUUUAAGUUCAUCCGACUUGUGGGAAAUGAAGGGAGUUACAGUAGCCGCGGCACAAACGGUGAGCAAUCUGAUUUAAUCCCCGCUGAAAGAGUUGCACUGACGGUCGGUCUGCAGUUGAUCAUAGCUCAGAGUGCGCAAGCGGCGAAAGAGAAAGAAGAGCAGUCACAAAACCUCGGCGAAACCAACCAAGGUGCGGCGAAUGGCGCGAAGGUGGAGCGAAAGGAUGUACUGGAUGUUCCCGCGAAGGACGUAUGUCGGUUACACAUUUCGCGGCUCUGCCGCUAUGUGGAAGAUUGCAAAAAUAUUCAUAUUUGCCGCGAGUAUGACUUGCAACUCCCACCCCCUCCAAACUUGGUGUGUUUGCUUAACGGUAUUACUCCAUCAAUGACCAUGAUCAACAUCGGAGAGAGGAGCUACUCUUCGACGAUGCUUUCCCUGGGGGACGUCACUGACGAGGUGUUUAACAUCAUUUGCGAUCAACAACGGCGUUCCGUUAUGAACAACACUCCGGCUGCGAGAAUGACACCGGCAUCGCAGCCAUACCAACAUGCGAAUCAGGUUGUCUCCUGCGCCAACCCUGGUGUGGAUGCGGCGAUUAAUUCUGCUUCUCCGCUCAGUUUAGGUGAUGCCAACUUGUACACUGCCCCCCGUGGUGGCACAAGCCCUGCGAGUUGUGGGAUGGGAGAUGCCACUCCGUUCGCUCCCGCGUCACAGCGUUCGCUUGGCCAAAAUGGAUCUCCUAAUUUAGGCGCCGCUGCGGCAGGAUCGUCGAAUGUGACCCGAGUUUUAAGGAUUUUUGACGUACGACCCAAGUCUGCUGGUGAAGGCGGCCGUGAAAGAGGCAGUACUCAUCGCGGCCACAAUACUAAUGGUAACGGAAGCGCUGGUGCCAGUCCCUUUUUGAACGGUAGGGGAUCUGAAAGUGCAUCCCGCUCCCGCAAUGGCGCCAGUGUUAGUUAUAACAACUACACAUGUCCAAACAGCAAAAAUGGUAGCGGCAACGGCUGCGCCGCUGGAGCGGGUGUGCCGCCCUGUGGGAUAAACGGCAGCGACAGGAAUGCCUGUAGUGGCAGCCAUAGGCGUGGUAGCAGGCAUUUGACGGGCCAAUCCAACAAUAGUGGUCGCGGUAGUGCGAAACGUCGGCAAAAAGCGUAG